UCUCGCGUUGUCUGCGCAAAUCUCGCGUCACAUUUUGAACUGCGUAGAGACAGGGGCAUCUUGAGUCGUGCGGGGAGAACAAGACCUCAACAUGGCAGAUGUUAUAAUUCUUGACGAGGAGGAGCAAAAGCAAGAGGAGUCCACCGCGUCCGUCAAGUCCGAAUCCGAAGAGACAUCCGCAGAAACACCCAAUGGCGUGAAAACGGAUGCUGAAGACACUAAGCACCCCAAAGAAAAGCAUGAUCCUAAAGAGAAGUCCUCUGGGAGCAGAAGAGGGAGCCGCUACCACCCCUACAAAGACAAACAUGGUGGAGAGAAGAAGGGUGCUCAUAGGAACCGGGUGUUCAUCAGCAAUAUCCCCUAUGAUAUGAAGUGGCAGGCAAUUAAAGAUCUAAUGCGUGAGAAAGUUGGUGAGGUUACAUACGUGGAGCUCUUUAAGGAUGCAGAAGGAAAGUCAAGGGGUUGUGGUGUGGUGGAGUUCAAAGAUGAGGAGUUUGUGAAGAAGGCGAUAGACACUAUGAACAAGCAUGACUUGAGUGGAAGGCCGCUAAACAUCAAGGAGGACCCUGAUGGGGAACAUGCUCGGCGAGUGCUGCAGCGCAUAGGAGGAGGUCAACAGGGAGGUCGUGGGCAGGACAUGGGGCCUGGUGGGAUGAACGUCCCGCCCUCCAUUGCCAACAACCCCAACAUCCCACCUGAGGUCAUCCAUGCACUGCAGGCCGGACGACUGGGCACCACAGUGUUCGUGGCCAACCUGGAUUUCAAGGUGGGCUGGAAGAAGUUGAAGGAGGUGUUUGGCAUGGCGGGUGUGGUGAAACGAGCGGAUGUAAAGGAGGACAAAGAUGGCAAGAGCCGCGGGAUGGGAACAGUGACUUUUGAGCAGUCACUGGAGGCUGUGCAGGCAAUAUCCAUGUUCAAUGGACAGAUGCUAUUCGACAGACAGAUGCACGUUAAAAUGGAUGAGAAAUCUGUUCCCCCUGAUGAUUUCCGUCAAGUGGAAAAAACACCUCAGUUACCCCGGGGUCUAGGUGGUAUUGGCAUGGGCCUGGGACCAGGAGGGCAGCCUAUAAAUGCCAACCGUCUGAGCGGCGGCAGCGGUGGUGGUGGUGGAGGAGGAGGAGGAGGAGGAGGAGGAGGCAUGGGCUCGAUGGGGCCUGGAGGUAUGGAGGCUCAAGGUUAUGGUGGAAUGAACAGACUCGGAGGAGGAAUGAGUGGUGGCGGGGGCUUUGGGGGCAUGGACAGCAUGGGUAACAUGGGUGGCUUUGGAGGGAGAGACAUGGCGCCAGGUGGCAGGAUGGGAGAUAUGUACCGGUCAGGAAUGGGCGGGAUGGAUCGUGACUUUGGCCACAGUGACAUGCCAAUGAAUCGAGGAUUUGCGGACUCUUUUGGAGGAAUGGGUGGAGGUUUCGGAGGAGGCAUGGGCAGUGGUGGCAUGGGGCACAUGGGGACUGGAAUAGGUGGUGGAAUGGGAAACAUGUCCAUGGACCGGAUGGGGUCCGGCUUUGACCGCAUGGGCAUGUCAGGAAUGGACAUGAACCGCGGCUUUGGCGGCUAUGGAGGUGGAGGACCGAGUCACAUGGGCGGAGGCAUGUCUGAGAGGAGCUCCGGGUCCAAAGCAGGCUGUCAGAUCUUUGUGCGAAAUCUUUCCUAUGAUCUGACAUGGCAAAAGCUGAAGGAGAAGUUCAGCCACUGCGGCCAGGUGAUGUUCGCUGAGAUCAAGAUGGAGAAUGGAAAGUCAAAGGGCUGUGGAACAGUGAGGUUUGACUGUCCGGAGAGUGCUGAGAAGGCCUGCAGGAUGAUGAACGGAACCAAGAUCAACGGCCGAGAGGUGGACGUCCGCAUCGAUCGGAACGCCUAGAUCUUUCGUAGAAGUCACGCUAACACACUUCCACAUUCAGCCCAUUUGCCAAUGAUCUUUUGUUUUGUUUUAAAAACACAGUUAUUUCAUAUCUCCAUUUGUCCACUGUUUUUUUGAUUUGUUUAUAUAUAUACUACAUAGCUCUUAUCUUUUGUUUUGUAAACCCUUUUAAUUUUUC